CUCUUGGGUGCUGUCAUAUCGUUAUUAGAAAACACCAGAGAACGGUUUGAAGCAGAUGACUUGUUGGACGUAGAAAAUGGAUUAUGUAGACGGAACGUUUACAUACGAGAGUGGAACUGUCGCCAGUGCUGACUUCCCACAAACUGAGGAGCCAGUAUACAUCUUGGGGAAAGCGUACAGUGCACUACAUGAUAGAGAAGAGCUGCGUCAUGACUUUGCGUCAAGGUUAUGGAUGACAUAUAGGAGAAAUUUCCCUGCUAUUGGUGGUACUGGGCCCUCGGGUGACACAGGCUGGGGAUGUAUGCUACGCUGUGGUCAAAUGAUGUUAGCACAGGCACUGCUUGUUCACCAUUGUGGAAGAGACUGGAGGUGGGUAGAUGAUGGACGCCGAGAUGACAUAUACUGGAGGAUUCUCAGCUUGUUCCAAGACAAAAAAAGUGCCAACUACUCCAUACAACAGAUAGCAUCAAUGGGUGUAUCUGAGGGCAAGGCAGUAGGUCAGUGGUUUGGACCUAACACUGUGGCACAAGUAUUAAAGAAGCUGGCAGUUUAUGAUGAGUGGUCCAAUCUUGUUAUCCAUGUAGCUAUGGAUAACACUGUGAUAGAAAAUGAUAUUCGAGGUCUGUGUCUGGAGGGCAAAGACUUGAACAGCUGUGAUAUUAUGGGAUGUCAGAAUGUGAAGGGAGCAGAAGGCGGAGCGAGUCACUUGGACAAAAACCACAGGCACAAGGGGAAACCAGGCAGCUGGAAACCUCUUCUUCUUGUGAUACCACUUAGGCUCGGGCUAACAGAUAUCAACUCUGUAUAUAUAGAUAGUUUAAAAAGAUGUUUUACCUUCAAACAAAGUGUAGGCAUAAUCGGAGGUCGUCCAAACCAUGCUCACUGGUUUGUAGGAUACUUAGGUGACAAGCUUGUAUUCCUGGAUCCACACACAACACAGGGAGUCACAGACUUGGAUGAUCCAACAAGUAACGACCAGAGCUACCACUGCCAGUACCCUAGUCUUAUGAAGGUCACAGAGUUGGACCCCUCUAUAGGAGUCGGUUUUUACUGUCGGAACGAGGAGGAUUUUACAGAUUUUUGUUGUCAGGCUCGUAAACACAUCACUGAUGCCAAAAAAACACCCAUGUUUGAAAUGUUCCAGGACCGGCCUUCCCACUGGCCUCCAUAUGAACCCUAUACUGGGCUCACGACUUCUACAACUGGAUUCACUGAAGUGGGAACACAAGAUGACAGUGAUGAGGAAUUUGAAUUGGUUGGAUAACAAAGCCUUGUAUAAGCAUUGGACAAACUAUUGAAUCGGUUCCCAUACUGUGUUCAAUUGCAAUCUAUUUUACUAUUUUCUGAACUUUGACAAAACAAGAAAUUUCAUUGGUUGAAUUUUAUAUUAUUUUAAUUAAAAAUUAAGUCAGAUUGGUUGGUAAUGACCUUGAAUUGAUAAGUUGUCAUGACAAGUAUUUAAUGUGUCAAUGAUAAUAUCAAUGUUAUUUAACGUUAAUGAUAUCAGUGUUGAAUAUUUCUGAUUUAUGAUUAUAUAUGCAAGAUUCAGAUACAAAAAUGAGAGAGUUUGUGAAGUAAGAGGUUCAAUGUAGUAAGAGAGUGUUGUGUUUAAUUAUCUACAAACAGUGAUUGAUGACUAGACGUUUGUGGUUCAGUGACAAAAAAUGAGAGUUUGUGAAUUAACAGGUAGUAAGAGAGAGUUGUUAAUUAUCUGCAAAUAUUGUAUUGUCACUGAUAACUGAUUUUCUUCCAGUGAUAUCUACAUUGUAACGAGCAAGAUUUACAUUGAUUUUACUCUGUGUACUGUGAUGCCAAGGGUCCAAAUGUUAAAGGUUAGGGUUAUAUAGGGUUAAAUGUUAAAUACCACGUAGACCAACUGUACUAAUCCUCUUACUAUUCUACACACAGGGACUUGGUAUGAAUUCCCAACCCAUGAUUUAUAAAUACCUAAUUAUGUAAGAUCAUGGACUGGGAGUUGGAGCAAUGUCCCUGUGAUCCUACACUUUACUCCAUACUUCCUUGUGAAUGAAAUGUUUCUGUAUACCUGGUAACAAUUGAUGACUGCCACCAUACUUUGUGUACAGAAUGUUGUAUGGGCGAGUGGUUGCAGAUAUUACAUUAUAGGCGUACAGUAAAUAUGUAUAAACUUGCUUGGUUGUUAAUAUUGUAUGGCAUGGAUUCAUUAGUGGAGUGUAAACAUUUUGAUUUUAUUUUCAAACAAACCCAAUAUUGUGUUGUGAUCAUUGUAUUCCAGAUGUGUAAUGCAUUUAAGGAAGGUUCAUUGCAGGUAUACAUCACAAGUUGUAUCAGCUCUGAAAUACAAAACUACUUGUCCAAAACCCCUGUAAACAUAGAUUUGUUCUAUUAAGGGGAAUAACUCUGAUUUGUGUGUAGGAUACUACAUGGCACCAUUUACCCUCAUGUUCCAAUAUAUUACCUGGUAGUUACAACAGUAACGUAUCAAUGGCCUACAAAUAUUACCUGACAGUAAUGUACUUAUCACAUGUGAUCACAGGGGCAUGUAACUGUUUCUAGUGGGAGGGGACUUGUCUAAGUACAGUAUAUACUAGACAAGCCCCCUCCUAAACAACAUAAAUAGUUACAUGCACUGUGGACGGUCGUUAGUUGCCUUGGAGUGCUUCUGUUACAUGCUUAGUGUAAAACUGAUCAAUGUACUGGCUGAUCAUAGUUACUUCCUGUCAACACAGUUCAGCAUUGUCAAUGUUUGGUGGUUGGUGAAGUAUACAAUGAAUGCCCAACUUAAAAUUGUGUAAGAUCUAUUAGAUUGUACAUGUAUUUUUGUGUGUCUAACUUCUGUCGAGAUUGAAACAGUCUCGUAUGUAAAUAUGAGUCGACUAAAGGGGACAUUAAUAUUAAAACAUUUGAGGAUGUGUGUACCAAUCAUUACUAGGAGGUAUUAAAACAUUUGACGAUGUGUGUACCAAUCAUUACUAGGAGGUACACAGUAUUGAACAAAGACAUUUGAUUUGUUAAUGAACCAUCAGUAAAAUAUUAGUUAUUGAU